UAGAUAUUUUUGUUAGAAUAAGCACGGUACGGAAAUGAAUUUCUAGGAAUCGUGUUACGACCAACGUGCCUUAUUCUCGAAACAAGCUAAAGACGGUUAUAUUCUCAUAAAUGGACAUUUGGUUCUCAGUGAUACACAUUAAUUUAAGCAAAAAAUACAAAAAAAGCUGUAAUCGCAUUACAAAUAUUCACUGUUAAGCAUCUUGAUCAACAAAUGGCAAAUUUGAAUGUACUUGUUUUGUAAAAGUCCCUGCUACAAUUAACUGUACGAAAAUGAUGGAAACUCGGUAUUAUGAAGGCUGCGGGCGCGAAGGCCCCAUACGAUGUAUCUUUUUGGGCGAGUUUCAUCCCAUAGCUGGCCCAAAAAUUGCUUGUCAGUUCCCGGAAGAUUAUAUAUCAAAGGAAGUAUUUGAUUCAAUAAGUGCCUACAUCAUUCCCAAGCCUCAGAUACAGAGAUGCACAAUGACAAUAAAUGCGCUGGGUCACAAAAUAGUGGGCUACCCCAUCCGGAUAGACAGCUCGCGGUACGAGCGGAACGCUUACCUCUUCAACCUGUGCUUCGUGUGCGACAGCUGGUCGAAGACUGUGCAGUAUGAACCCGUUGUCAAGAAACUUGGAGAGCAUUUGACUAUAAUGGAGGAAGAGACGCGUUUCGUGUCGAGCGGCGCCUCGCGGCUGCCCACGCUGCUGGCGCACCUGCUGCACGAUCUCAACACGCACCGAAAGUCUACGCUUGUCGAAGGCGACACGGUAAUGCACCUGAAGGUGGUGGAGGUGCGCGCGGACCCGGCGCCGGUGCACGACCACGACGUGCCGGUGCUGCUGGCGAGCGUGGGGCAGCCGCGGCCGGGCGCGCCGGGCCGCCGCGCGCCGCGCGUGACCGCGCGAGGCUCGCCCGCGCGCCGCGCGCAGGAGCACAUCGACAGCGACCUGCCCGUUGACGUCGACGUUAAUGACGACUGGGAUCUCACUACAAGACAGAUUUUACCGUACAUUACCGGUUACAAUCACGUGUCGAAGAUCGCGGCAGACACCAACGUGGAGAAGACUUUGGUCAAGUCUUGUAUUCAAAACCUUGUCUAUUACGGAGUGGUGACAUUGAUACCAGUGAUUAAAUUUACGAACAUGUACCGAGCUACUCCGAACCUCAGCCGCCUGUUUAGCGAUAAGGAAUUGCAGAAGUCAUGUCUGGCUUUCAUCACCAAAGGAUUGGAUAGCAAGGAAAAGCCGACGAUAUCCGACGUGCUGGAGAUGUUGUGCGCGCUGCAGCAGGGCACGACACUGCGCGCCGUGUGCGAGCGGCACGCGGCCGGCGCGCGCGCCUCCUUCGACGUGCGCCGCCUCGUGCUGUACGCGCAGCUGCACGGCCUCAUCAAGUGCCUGAAGAGGUUCCCAGUGUACAUCCGAACACCAAGCCGCGGCGUGGGGUUCCCGCGCGGUGAGGCACUCGGCAUCCGCCGCCUGUUCACCGGCCGGCACUGCGCCGACGAGAUCUGCUGUCUCGCGCGCAUCGACCUGCCCACUCUCGACCAAAUCAUCGAGGACGACCCCAACGUCGCCGUCAUUUGGAGAUAGACUACUUAUCGAGGCAAGAGACCUUCCGCUUAAGCUGUGCGGUACGGUCAAUUUAUUUCGUAGUAUAAUUUAGGGCCGAUUUAGACGGCGUUUGAACAUGUUUAAACUAUGCCUGGCGCUUUGACCUGCCCACUCUACCAACGUCGUUGUCAUUUGGAGAUAAACUACUUAUCAAGACAACACCUACUGUUGAAGCUGUGCGAUACUGCAAAAAAUAUAUAUUUUGCAGUAUGAUUUAGGGCCCAUCUAGACGGUCCGUGAACUUGCAUGCAAUAUUUUUUUUUAAUUUUUUUUUUACAUUAUCCAUCGGAUAGUUUGAUAAUCUGUUAGCUUUAAUUUUCGGUUAAGGUUUCUUUUUUAUUAUUGUUAGAUUCCGUUUUAUAAUCGGUUCUAAACGAAGAUCAAGGCAGCAAGCUUGCUACUGCUUUUAGUGUUCCUUGAAGGAAAUGGAAUUUUAUUUAAGUUUUUUUUUGUUAUUGCAUUAUAAAACAUGUUUAAUUGAACUUUUCAAACAAUUAUAUCUCAUUAAGAAGUAUUAUAGGGUAAUCUUAUUAUUCUAUGAGGGAGGCCACAGCAUGGCACGCUACUUGCCAGUCAGGAAUAAGAGCCAUCUGGAGGUGAUUAUUAACACGUGACUAUGACUACACUACGAAAUGUAUUUUCUAUAUAGUGCUGGUCACUAUUUCAUUUCAUGUUGCAGUACAUUCCCAAUGCCAACAUCUUUGCUGGAAUGGCGCUUAGAUAGGAUCUUCUUUAAAAAAAAAUAAUAGCCUUAUUAGAUAUUUUUGAAUGAAAAAUUUGUCCUCUUCGACUAGUAUUGAAUAAACCGCCUCGAUGGAAAUUACUAUAAAAAAAAAAUUGGUUACGUAAUAGACAGACGGAAAGCAUUAUACCAUUUUGGUGUGUAGGUAUGUACAUUAUUUCAGUGAAUUAGGGCUUUUACUAUAUUUUUUAUUAAUAGUGUGUAAAUGAGAUGGCAUUACUGAACCUAGUAAUGCGGUUCGACAAUAGUGUAUGUGUAGUUAUAAUUAGAUGUAAUUAAUUCGCCCAAUAGGACAGUUUCAGAAUAUAAAUUUAGUCUCCACAUUGAUACUACAUAGUAUAUUAUGCGAGUACUACGUACAAUAUAGGAUGGGUUUUUAAGUUAUUGUGUAUAAUAUGGUGAUGUGAUAUGUCUCGAAUUUAGAGCGAAAAUUGGUCGUAUAAUUCACGUGCGUCGAUUAAGUAUUAUAGAUUUUAAGGGAGGCUCUUUGUACUUUAGCAUUUUUCAAAAGGGUUCUUAAUUGAUGUUAUUCAUUUUAUUUCUGUGAACUGCUUACGUUAAUUUAUUUCAGUACAGCCGAGUUCAGUUACAUCUACAUCGUAACGCGGACAUAAUUCUAAACACGACUUUAAAUACUCUAUGUUCAUAAAAGCCUGUUCAGAUGUUAUUGUAAGUGUAACUGUGUCACAGAACCCGGACGAGGCACCAUGAAGCGUUUACAAAGAGCGCAUGGUCACCAGACAUGACAAAUUUAACUGCUUAAAUACCACGAGUUGAGCAGCGCUAUUGAUAGCAUCUUACACCAUUACAUAGUAUGACAGCCCCGGUUCAACCUUAUUAAAACUCAAUUUUUAUAAAUACGUAUUCCCAAAUUACACGAGUGCGGGUUGUGAACGUUUACAGUGGAUCGAGCGAUUGCGUUUCUUUACUAAAUCACUACGGAAUACCACGCAGGCAAGCAUGGUCGCACGAUAAAUGAUAAAACAUCAGGCCGCCCCUAUCGCACUAUUUGUAAGUGCGAUAGAGACGGCCAGAUGAUUUAUCAUUUAUCGCGCGAUUGAAUACAAUAUGUGUGGUGUGACUUUGAGUUGGCUUGUAUGCUCCUUCUAAUAGUUGAGGUGGUAUGUGAACUAUGUAGAUUUAACUGAACGCGACUGUAUAUAAGGCGUACUUAUACGACGUAUCCAUGUAGUAUUGAAGUUAUGAUUGUUAUGAAUAACUCUGUAACAGUAACAUUAAGUUCCUAAUAGCUGGUAACCAGAGGAUACCUAUUGCCUAUUUAUUAAACCUUAAAUCAUUUUCCAGUGAAUUAAAAUAUUAAUUUAUUUUAUUUAUCUUUUGAAAUAAUUUUAGGUUAUGUCUAUGUCUAAACAUGGUUCUUUAUUAUUUUAUAAAAGUGUAAAGUUCAAGCAAACAGUGAUUGUUUGAUGGUAUUACAACUGGUAUCGCUGGAUUGAAUGUACAUCAUAAGCACAUGUAUAAUAAGAGACAAAUGUUGCGCGAUACGUGUCACCAGAGACAUUUAUACUUUUUCAUUUAUUAAGAUAAAAUUU